AUGGAUUGUAUUAGGAUUAAGAAAUCUAAAAAAGCUGUAGGAGAUUUAAAGAAAUUUUCACGAGUUGAUGAACAUCACGCUGCUUACCAUGGUUACGAUUGUCACAUGUUUACUGCCGAUUCUAGACCACAAUGUAUUAAAGACCAGUAUACCCUAGCAGACGUCACACCAGCGAAAGUUCUGCGAGGAGCUGACGCCUAUCGUAAAGAUGGUCUAUAUAGUUCUAUAUUAUUUAAACUGUGGCCUGUGUUCCAUAAUGAAGCCAAACUCAAAUCUCCUGAUCUCAGUCUCAAUAGAAAGAUGCCAGUGGUAUCUUUCAAGAAAGAGUAUAAGAAACUCAAGCUUCGAGAUCGACCAAAAACCAUCGCCGUAGACAACUUCAAUCUGGAUGAUCAAGAACAAAAUGAAGAGGGGGAACUAACUCCUACUAAAACUCCAAGCACUGUUGUCAUAGAUACCUCAGGUUCCACCUUCCACAGAAUGUGUUCAUUCCGAGAGUCGUUAAAAUUUGAGAAAGGAAGAAAACGCAGACGGACAGUUUCCGGAGCAACAGAUCAUAUUCUUCAAGAGAUUCACACGUUUGAAAAAGAGAAGCGAGUUCCUGGUCGAAUUCAGCCUCGUUCCUACAGUUUUGACGACCUUGACACAGAAGACGAACCAAAACGAGAUGAAAUCAUGGCUCAAUAUUUCGAUGAAAUUGACGCUAAAUAUGAGGAGCUAUUGGAACAAGAAAAUCUGAACAAAGAACCAAGAUACAUGAAAUUUCUUCCAUGCCGUCGAACAAGAUCACUUCCAAGAUGCAUUAAACCAAAGCAUACAACCAAUGAAACUCCACGAAAUGAGUCGGCAACGACGUCAAGUUUCGCCAGCAACAUGAGUUUGAGUCGUAGCGUGACAUCCAUGGCGUCCAGUAGAUUCUCCCGGGCAACAAAACGUUCUAGCAUCAUCGGAAACAAGAUCAAAUCCAUCGCCCAGAAUAUCUCUAGUAAUAUUUCCAGAUCUAGACCGAAAUCAUUGGACCUGGAUUCCCUUGAAUUUAACGCCCCUGAAGCAGAGUCAAGUACAAAAGCUCAGAGUACCAAUAAUAUAUCUAACGCUGCCAGUAUGCCUGAUGGAAUAAUGAGUACCGCCAGUGGAUCGGAGAAAUCUAUAGGACCAGGAACAUAUUAUUACUUCGAGAGUAACACACUGCCAAAGGCACAGGCCAAGAAAUAUGACUUCCCGUGGGAGAGUUUACCAAAAGACUGGACAACUGCUGUCAAAUUGAGGGAAAUUUCUAAACGCAGACCAAAAGAAGAACGUCAUUCAUCUUCAGGACAUUGGAGUGCCAGCAGCUAUAGUAACAGACAUUCUGUAGAAUCAGGUAAAUCCAGUAUGCCAUCAACGUAUUCUGCCUAUUCUCUAGGGCGUGAUUCAGGACGAGAUUCUCCAUCAUUUUCUGACAACAGAACUGGUACCUCAACAUAUAAAGAGGGCAAUAUUUCACGUGAUGCUGAUACAGAGUCAGAACAAUAUACAAAACUAGAAACUGACCAAUGGUUGAAGAGUUUGGCGCUACGAGCUGCAAGCCGAGAGGAUGUGACAUCAUCAGAUGCCACCACAUUGAACUCGCUAUCCAGACUGACUCGCCAGAAUAUUCUAGCUUUAGACAUGCAGUCACCAGAUUUAAAGCAACCAAAAUUAGAUGAUGAAUUUUCAGAAUUUUCUGUCGACCAAGAUGGCUUCUUUACUUCCUUCCAUACAGACAGUGGGCUUCGUCAUAGCAACGGAAACCUGGCAGGAGAAGAUGAUCUCUCACCAACCAAAGAAAAUUUGAAUUUAUUUGGAAUGGGAAGUUCGAAUACUAUCGAUAGCGUUAUCUUUCGUCCGACUUCUGGGCCAGGACAAUCUCUGGGGCCAGGAAAAAGAACAGUUUUAAAACGAGUAUCUGGGAAGUUACCUCCCCCUACUCCCAGACGGACAUGUUCGAUAACUAACGUCAGCGUUCCGAUCUCUGAAUCAACGUUUGAAAUCGGUAAUGGUAGCCCCGCAGUGAGUGAUGGAAGUAAUUCAAGUCUGAGUACGUCUGGGAAACAAUGUUACGACUCUUCGUUUUCAGAAUCUGAUCAAGAGACAAUAUAUGCAAGAUUAAAAUUGAAAACUCAGAUUUCUACGUCCUUAGCUUAUCCAUCAUGGUGUUCUGUGUCACCUUCAGACAGCGGUGAGGAAAUUCGUGAGUCGCCAAAAUCUCAACCAGAGUCGCCAGAAAUUCUGGAAUUUGACACAAUUCCUGAAGAAGAAUCGGAAAAAGUGAAAUCAAAAUGUGCUCAUAAUCAUUCAGGGAACACGUUGCCAAGGACACGAAAAUAUCUCAGCAAGAAAAAUUGGGAAGAGGACACUGGUGACCAAUCAAAUUCAUGGCCACGAUCUCAGAAAUCUGGUAUUUUGAAAUCGGAGCAAAGUGAUUCAUCAAAAAUGUCAAAAACUUUGAACUUUGACCCUGUGGUGAAUGCCUACGAUUCGACCAAUAGUGAGAGUUAUCAGUUAACCAUUCCAUUCAUGGAUGACAAUUCAACAUCCAAUCAGAAACCUUCUACCAUUCCCAUCAAAUAUCAACCAACCAUUACUGUGACCCCUAAAGGUCGUCAAGAUGAAAGUUCAAGGUCAACGUCAGCAGAUAGCCGACCUCAGGUCAUUCAUUAUAGAAAAAAUAUAUCCACAUCAACUCCAACAAAUCACUACGCAGUGAGUAACCUCAAAGGUUUCCCAAUUCGUGCUCCGUCAGAAAUUUCAGCUAGUUCGUUAUCCAUCUCAUCAUUGUGUGAAAAUGACGGAGGCUAUAUGGAUAUGAGUCAAGGUUUAAAACAACGCUCAAAUGACAAUUUAUCAAGUACCAGCUCCUUAGCGCUGUCAGACAUUGACAACAGUAUUACAUACGUGAGCAUGUCUAGCCCUUUCUCGACUCCGACCAAUUCAACCUUGACCUUGAAUGAAAACGACGGUAUGUCAAAAGUCAGUGCUCGUCCAACGGAUACUUAUCGUGUGUCGUCAGCGUUGAUUGCUGCAGCCGCUGGUGUGGAAUUAAACAGCAAGGAUAUAAAUAGUAACAGCAUCAAAUCGGAUUCAGGAACGUUAAAACGCGAGAGACGGAAUUCUAAACCUAAUCUGACGUCUCAACUAUCUGCUCCAGUCAGUCCUGCCGUAGUCAUCGUUAACAACUCACAAGGUCAUCUGCCUCAUUCUGAAUCCUGGCCUACUACGUCUCAUUCAUCUACAUACACAGGUCAAAGUCAGGAUACCUCAUUGAAUUCAUCUCGUUCAGAUUCAUACCGUGUUGCCAUGAGAACUGAUGCAAACGAGUUGACCAAUCCUCAUUCGAAAUCAAGAGAAGUUGAUCAAUCGAGUUUAAAACGUAAAUCAACUGGUUCCGUGAAGUCAACCUCAUCAUCACCAAGGACACCAGCCACUCCAGUGACGCCUGAACCAGACCCUAACGUAAUCCGUGCCGAUUCAUAUCGCAUCGCAGUCCGUAAAACAAAUGGAGUUGUUGCCCCUUUUGAUGCCAUGGGACGUGCUACAUCAUAUUCUGUUGCCAUGAGAGAUAGUGUGCCUGGAAACGACAAUCCAUUAGCCAGAAAUUCUACGUCCUCCUUACCAGACGGCAAAAAGGAUUCAAGAAGAAGGGGGAUAACUGAUAUAGAUCAGUUGAAAGACUACUCAGGAGAUCGGAAAUUCAGUUUAAAAAGUGCCAGCAAUUUAUUUGCAACGAUCAACAGUUCAAAAAAGAAAAUGAACGUAAAAUCAGAAAUUGAGUCGUUACUUCGACCCACGACUUCACCAUCGCCUGAAUCAAACCGCUCCUCAAAAUCACCCAAAUCACCCAAAUCACCUAAAGCAGACAAAUCUAAAAAUAAAGAACAUCGUUCCUCGACUUAUAUUCGUUUCGAUCCAAUCUUUGAAGACAAAGAAGAUUUUUUGAGUUCUCGUGAUUCGUUACGUACAAAUUCCAUGUCAUCGUUGAAUAAAUCUGUGUCUGAAGCUACUGGAAGUCGUCAAAAACUGAACGUUGAAAAUGAUCCGUUGCUUGGUGCUAAAUUGUCUCAACCUCUCCCCGUCCAACGCAGCAGUCGGUCUAGUUUAUCAGGACGUAAAGUUGUGGACGAUAAAGCCGUAACGUCCAUUUUAGACUCAAUCAAAUCUACGAUUAAGUCAAUGUCCAAUAAGAAAACAGAUUCAGAAAGUGAAAUGCGAUUAGCUACUGAUGUUUGA